CACAAUAACGGACAUCUGAAAAAAAAGCCCUAAAUUAACGACUUGCUUCCCUCCUUUUUUUUUUCUGAAAUCGAAGCUGCGAGAAAGUAAGACGCAGCAUCAAAAACAUUAACAAUGGCGAUUGCGCGAACUGGUGUUUACGUUGAUGAUUAUUUGGAAUAUGCUAGCACCUUGCCAGCAGAGCUUCAAAGGCUUCUCAAUACCAUCCGUGAGCUUGAUGAGCGCUCCCAAGGAAUGAUAAAUCAGACAAGGCAGCAAACGAAGUUAUGCUUAGGGAUUUCGAGCCAGAGUUCGAAAAAAUGGCAUAAUGGUGAAGAUGAUGAGGUUGCCAUUGAGAAAUUGACCAAGGAAAUAGAAUCAACUCAAGAUAAUGCGUUUAGCCUUUGUACUGAGAAGGUUUUACUCGCUCGGCAAGCUUAUGAUCUUAUAGAUAGCCAUAUAAAGCGUUUAGAUGAAGACUUGAACUACUUUGCUGAUGAUCUAAAGCAAGAGGGAAAGUUACCACCAGAUGAGCCUGCCAUUCUUCCACCUCUUCCCAUAAUUAUGGCUCCAAAACCUGAAAAGCAGCGAAAUGCAUAUGGAACGCCUCAAUCAAGACGGUUUAGUUAUAGAGACAGGGAUUGGGACCGCGAGCGCGAUAAGGAUUCAGAGCUAAUGCCACCUCCUGGUAGCCACAAAAAGGAUUUCCCUGUCCCUGUCGAUACUGAUCAACCUAUUGAUCCAAAUGAACCAAUCUACUGUGUUUGUCAUCAGGUUUCCUUUGGAGAUAUGAUAGCAUGUGACAAUGAGAAUUGCCAAGGAGGAGAGUGGUUCCAUUAUGCAUGUGUUGGGCUGACACCUGAAACGAGAUUCAAAGGGAAGUGGUACUGUCCAACUUGCAGAGAGCUCCCUCAAAUUCGUUCUUGAACCAGUUUUCUGUUGUAGUUAAGUCAAAAAAGCCAAGGUGGGACUAGCAAAACAAAAUAUCUUCCAGCUCUAAAGUUGGUAUCUAUGUAUUGCUUCAGCAAAUUGAUAUAGUUAACUGCCAUGUUGAAUCAUGCUACUUUCCGAGACCGCAUUUUUCUUGAUCAGAUGGGAAAACAAGCUAGAAGAUGGUGAAACUUGUGGCUUUGCUCUUUUGUCUUUUAACAGUUUGUAAUCAGGUGUAGACCUCUAAAACCGUGGCUGGCCGUUCCUUCAAAAGAACUGUUGCUUUCGUUUUAUUUGGCAAGGGCAUAUUGACUUCCUCUGUCAAACACCCGAAAGUGAAUUAACCUUCAGACAGCACAAUGUAUGAUAAUCUGCACAUACUUCGAAAACUUUGAAUUAGAAA